GGUGGGUCGGAAGGGAGAGGUCCCGGGGCUCAAGGCUGCCCCCCAGCCCCCCUCCCGCAUUGGAGUCCCGGGAGUCGCCUUGUGCCGGCUGCGCUUUUGGGGAGGCGACGCGCUUUCCACGUGUUCUGGGAACUUUUGCGAAAGUUUCGGCGGAGCGGGUUGGCGGUGGGGAGCUGUCACCACUCCUGCAGACGUCCGCGCACACACACACACCAUGGCAAACAGAGGGCCGGCCUACGGACUCAGCCGAGAGGGUCAGCAGAAGAUCGACAGACAGUACGACCCUGAACUGGAGCAGAUCCUGAUCCAGUGGAUCGUGGCGCAGUGUGGCCCCGAGGUCGGGCAGCCGCAGCCUGGCAAGGAUGAGUUCCAGAAGUGGCUGAAAGACGGCACAGUGCUGUGCAAGUUGAUCAACAGCCUGUAUGCCAAGGGCCAAGGGCCCGUGGCCAAGAUCCAGUCUUCCACCAUGGCCUUCAAGCAGAUGGAGCAGAUCUCGCAGUUCCUGCAGGCAGCCGAACGUUACGGCAUCCUCGCCACAGACAUAUUCCAGACGGUAGACCUCUGGGAAGGUAAGAACAUGGCCUGCGUGCAGAGGACCCUGAUGAACCUGGGAGGCUUGGCAGUUGCGAAAGGCGACGAGUUCUUCGCUGGAGACCCCAACUGGUUCCCAAAGAAGUCUCAAGAGAACCGCCGUGCCUUCUCGGACGACAAGCUCAAAGAAGGGCAGAGCGUCAUCGGCCUCCAGAUGGGCACGAACCGGGGUGCCUCUCAGGCGGGCAUGACGGGCUACGGGAUGCCACGCCAGAUCCUUUGAGCCCCGAAACCCCUUGAUCCGCCCUUGGUUUCCUAACUUUUAAAUCUCCCCAGAAGCCUUAAACGGGGGGUGUUGGGGGGGUGGGGUGUUUGAGGCUUCCUGGUUCCCCUUUCCCUGUGCUCACAAUUGCCAGUGUGUGCCCUUUCUUAAUUUCCUCUUACCAGAUUCCAUUUGGGGCAUUUUCGACUGGAGUAAACCUCUGUUUUCCCCCAUGAUCUUUUCCCCUCCCUUCUGGAGUAUUUUAAACCACAGGUUUUUUCUUUUGUGCCCCUGACCCAAACAUGCUGGGACCAAGGAAAUCCCCCCCCCCCCCGCCCCCCAGGUAAUGCAAAAAUGGUGGUUCCAAGGACCAAAUACCUCUUGCUUUGGGGCACAUCCGACCUACCGCUCACAUUCCAGUGUCUGGCUUUGUAGCACAGCUCCCUGUUUUUAACAGAAGCUUUGGGACCAAAAUAGUUGCUUUCUUGGGGCUCCAGGUUAACAGUCUUCUUCCCUCCCCGCCCCUCGCCGGGAAAUCGGCAUCUUAAUUUCUAGAAUCUCAUUUCAGAAUGCGUAACGUCUUAGCUUAACCCUCUCCUAAAAGGCAAAGCUGGGAAGGGAGGCAAAGACGGUUAUUGAACUGCACCUCGGAGUGGGAGGGUCAGCCGGCUGGCAAGAUUCCAGAGAAGCGAAACGGUUUUGGACCCUCUUGGUGCUAGGUUAGGUUCAAAUCCUCCCCUUUUUU